AGUAUUUAAACACUUGCCUAUCUACCGUGUUAUCGAACCGCGAUAGUAAGCAAGUAGAAGUUAGAAAUCUGAAGCAAUCGCAAUGAUAUUUUCUCUAUCUUUUGUGGUAUUUUACUUUCCGUUUUGUGUAAAUUCCUCUAAAAUAUAAAAGGACAGACAUAUUAUAAAAAGUCGUAGUCUAUUAUAAAUCUUUGCUACUUUCAAAAUAAUUCAUUAUUUGUGUGUGAAUGAUUAAUGCUUCCAAUAUAUAAUACACAUCAUCAUACAUAUAGAUUUUUAAUAUUGUUUAGUAACGUGCGCUACUCGAUCUACAAAUUGUCGGGUGUGUCAAAUUAAAAUUAUCUUUAUAUUUUUUAAUAUAUUAACCAAUGUGUUUUGAAACAUUUAAAAAAUAAUACAAUAUAAAUAUCUGUUGAAUUUAUCGUCCGGAACGUAAAAAAAAUAAAGAGUAACAUCUCUUAAUAGUCAAUAUCUUUAGAAGAAUAAGAAAUACGUAAAUUGUGUACAAAUGGCGAAUCAAGAAGAAAAAAUUAAAGUAUGUGUGAUCGGUGCUGGUGCAGCUGGUUUGUGUGCAGUGAGACAUUUAGCAGCAAAUGUGAAGUUCGAAGCAAUAGUUUAUGAGCAAACGAAUGAAAUAGGAGGUACAUGGGUUUAUAAGGAGCAAAUUGGUCUUGAGAAUGGCUUACCGAUUCAUUCCAGCAUGUAUCAAAAUUUAAGAACCAAUUUACCUGCAAAGAUUAUGAACUUUCCGGAUUAUAUCACAAUGGAAGCACAAGAACCCAGCUGCGUGAAUCAUCGGGAAAUUUUAAAUUAUUUGAGAAAUUACGCCCAGCACUUUGACAUAUGUCGACAUAUUCAUUUCAAUACAAAAGUUGAACAUGUUCGACUUGAAUCAUCUGAAUAUAAUAAUAAAGAAAAAUGGUCUGUACAAGUGAGAAAAUUAAAUACAAAUGAAACGGAACUUCGAUAUUUUGAUGCAAUUAUGGUUUGUAACGGACACUAUUUCGAUCCUUAUGUACCGAUUAUACCUGGUAUUAAUAGUUUUUCGGGUUUAAUAAUGCAUAGUCAUUCGUAUAGAAAGCCGGAUGGUUUUGCCGGAAAAAAAGUGAUAGUAUUAGGUGCAUCUUCAUCUGGUAUUGAUAUAGGGAUCGAGUUAUCCGAAUAUGCUGUUUGUGUAUAUUUAAGUCACAAUCAUCAUAGAUUAACAAGUCCUCUACCAUCAAAUAUGAUACAAGUAGCUGGUAUCGAAAGUAUACAUAAAACUACAUUUCGUCUCAGAGACGGAACCACUGUCGAUGACAUUAACGUUUUAAUUUUUUGUACUGGAUACAAAUACAACUUUCCCUUCUUGAAUGAAAAUUGCGGUAUACGGAUCGACAAUAAUUAUGUAACACCGCUUUACAAACAUCUCAUAAAUAUUGAGCAUCCUUCGAUGUGUAUUGUCGGUGUACCUAUGAUCGUUGUGCCUUUCCCUAUGUUUCAUAUGCAGGUGCAAUAUUUCUUGGCUUUACUAGAGGGCCGAACAACUUUACCUGCAAAAUCUGUGAUGCUGGAAGAUUCGAUUUUAAAAACGCCGAAAAAGAGACACGCGCACAAACUGAUGGAUAACCAAUGGGAUUAUAACGAUUCAUUGGCAAUCGAUGGUGGAUUCAAUCGGUUACCAUUAUUUUAUAAAAUCGGUUAUAGAGAGUGGACAGUUAAAAAAUCUGCAAAUCUUUUGCGUUAUAAGGAUUCUAGAUUUGUUUUUUCUAAAGAUGGACAAAGCGUCGAAAUAACUAUACCGGAAUAAAGUCUUAUAAAAUUACGCUACGUAAUUAUUUUUUAUAUCAAGUUGAUAAUUAUA